AUGGCUGAGUUGCAGAGCUGUGGUUUGGCUCGUCAUUUGGUGACCGGUAGGUGGACCUCGGUUUUUGCCUCGUUUCUGAUCAUGGCUGGUGCAGGUGCAACUUACCUUUUUGCAGUCUAUUCCAGUGACAUCAAGAAGAACCUUGGAUACAACCAAACCAUGCUGAACACAAUGAGUUCUUGUAAGGAUAUUGGUGCUAGUGUAGGGAUUGUGUCAGGGCUUAUUGCUGAGAUUACCCCCACCUGGUUUAUACUCCUCCUUGGCUCAUUGACCAACUUUGUAGGCUACUUUAUGAUAUGGUUGGCUGUGACAGGCAGGAUUGCAAAGCCACAAUUUUGGCAAAUGUGUUUCUACAUUUUCAUUGCAGCCAAUUCUCAGAAUUUUGCAAACACAGGUUCUCUAGUCACCUGUGUCAAGAAUUUUCCUGAGAGUCGAUCUAUUAUGUUGGGUCUGUUGAAAGGGUACGUGGGGCUUAGUGGCUCAUUACUUACACAAAUGUACUUAGCCAUAUAUGGUGAUGAUUCUACCUCAUUGAUCCUAUUCAUAGGCUGGCUGCCUGCAAUUAUAUCGUUACUGUUUUUGUAUACCAUUCGUGAAAAAGAGGUGAAGGUGAAGCAAUCAAAUGAGGUGAAUGUUUUUUAUCAUUUCCUCUAUCUCUCAGCAGCACUAGCUGUGUUCUUGAUGGCAAUGACUCUGACCCAACAACGUGUUAACUUUUCGGCAACAGCCUAUAUGGCGAGUGCCAUAGUUGCUUGCGUUUUUGUGUUCCUUCCUGGCGUGGUGGCCAUAAGGCAAGAGGUGUUACUGUGGAGGCAAAUAAGAGAGCACCCAAAUGACAUAAUUAUUGAGAAAUUACAACUGGAUGAGCUCCAACAAAACCCUUCUAAGAAAGGAGAAGAGCCUAAAAAGUCUUUCUUUGCUGAUGUAUUUAACAAGCCAUCCAGAGGGGAAGACUAUAGCAUCUUACAAGCAAUAUUCAGCAUUGACAUGUUGAUUAUAUUUAUUGCCACACUCGUUGGACUUGGAUCAUGCUUAACAGCCAUUGACAAUCUAGGACAAAUUGGAGAGGCCCUUUUAUAUGAGCCAAAAACCGUGAAGACCUUUGUAUCAAUGAUUAGCAUUUGGAAUUACUCAGGCAGAGUCUUCUCUGGGUUCAUAUCAGAAAUCUUACUCAUGAAAUAUAAGGUUCCACGUCCAGUUCUUUUGUCAGCUGUGCUUUUCCUCUUAAGCAUUGGACUCGCUAUGAUCGCUUUUCCCUUCCCUGGUUCAAUCUAUGUGGCAUCUUUGAUCAUCGGUUUCACAUUUGGUGCACAAUUACCAUUGGUUUUUGCUAUCAUUUCUGAGAUCUUUGGGCUCAAGCACUACUCCACGUUGUUCAAUUGUGGACAAAUGGCAAGUCCAAUUGGGUCAUUUCUAUUCAAUAAAGAGCUCACUGGAAGGUUAUAUGACAGAGAGGCAAAGAAGAUGCCUGGAUUGGGGGGCGAAAAAAAUAAGGUUUGCAAAGGGGUUCAGUGUUUUAACAUAUCUUUUAAAGUUAUGGCUCUUGCAACAUUAAUUGCAGCCUUCAUUUCGGUGAUUUUGGUGGCGAGAACUAAGGAGUUCUACAAAGGUGACCUUUACAAGAGGUAUAGAGGUGAGACGUACAUCAGUAUUGAAGAAGAGGAAAAGAAGAAAGACACAACAGCUGCUGCUAAGUGA